AUGACGCGGCUCCUGUCGCCCGGCCGCAUCGAGAGCGGGCGCGUUCCAGAGUCGAGAGCGUCGAACGCGACGAGUGGGGGCGCCAACGGCGCCGGAGCGGGUCCGGAGAUGCCGGCCUCGCCGGCGAAGCGGCGACUGGGGCGGCGCGGGUGGCACGAGAGCUACCGGCCGCGGGAGUUCAACUUCUGGAAGGGGUGGCAGCAGGACGUGCCCACUGCGGCCAAGCUCGGCAACCCCGGGCCGACGAACUUCGACAUUUACAACGGCGCUGACUGGUGUGCGGACGACGACCUUCUCAAGACAUCGUGGCUGGCGCGGAUGGAGCUGCUGGUGCUCGUCCAGGCGCUGAUCUUCGCGGCGUUCAUCGCGUCGCUGGUCAGCGCCACCUCGCGCGACCAGCUCGAGGCCGCGGAGGCGUUCGUCGACGCGUGGAAGUCCGUGGACUUCUGGCACCUCCUCGUCCUCUCCAUGGUCACGCUCGCGUCCAUCUACACCAUGUGCGCCACCAUCCUCAUGAGCGCCGUGGGCUACAGCGUGCCCACCAAGCGCUUCCGCCGCUUCCUCGCCGGGCCCGCCAAGGUCCCGCUCUCCAUGACGCUCUACAUGUGGCAGAUCACCGGCGCCGGCUGCGCCGCCUGGGUCUUCCUCUACCUCGCCACUCUCGGAGCGCCGUGGUGGAUGCUCCUCAUCGUCAUCGCCUUCGCACUGGUGUGCACGACGCUGCUGAUGAAUGUGGUGUCGGUGGCGUUUUACUCCUCGAAGAAGCUGGGGAUCCUCGGCAGCGCGCCGGAGUUCCCGCCCCCGCCGACGGGCUCGGAGGCCGGGGACGGCGUGUCGCAGGGGGAGCUGCAGGACCUGGCGGCGCGCGGGGGGCUGUCGUCGCUGCAGGAGGAGGACGGCGGGGAGCGCCGGAGCCAGGAGCGCGGGGGGGAGCGGCGGCGGCACAUGGCGAUGGCGGGCGCCGGGUUCCAGUAG